AUGGCGAAGUGGCAGGUGGACAAUGGACAUAGAGGAGAAGAUGGAGGCUCCGGAAAUGAUGACAACCAGUUUUCAGACACGGUCGCAGACACAGGUGUCAGUGGGUACUACGAAAAUGAAGACCAGAUUGCGGACACAGAUGCCGGAGGUGGACACUAUGAGAACGAUUACAAGUUCUCAGACACAGGAGGAGACAGAGGUGGACACUAUGAGAACGAUGACCAGCUCUCGGACGUAGAUGCCGGAGGUGGACACGAUGAGAACGAUUACCAGUUUUCAGACACAGGAGGAGACAGUGGUGGACACUAUGAGAACAAGAGUAAUGAUGAACAGCUCUCGGACGCAGAUGCCGGAGGUGGACACGAUGAGAACGAUUACCAGUUUUCAGACACAAAAGGAGGAGACAGGGGUGGACACUAUGAGAAUGAUGAACAGCUCUCGGACGCAGAUGCCAGAGGUGGACACGAUGAGAACGAUUACCAGUUCUCAGACACAGGAGGAGACAGGGGUGGACACACGAAAAUGAAGACCAUUCCUCUGAGGCUGACCCGCACCGCUAUGACAAUGACGACGAGUCCUUAA